GCGUGUGCAGAAGAGAAGUACAAGCCCCUGGGAUCUCUUACAUUUAUAUUCUCCUCCCUAACGGCGAUGAUAUUUCACUUUUAAUCGUUAAGGCAAAUCGUCCACGAUGACGGUGGAUUUUGAAGACUGCAUCAAAGACUCGCCCCGAUUCCGGGCAAAUAUCGACGAGGUGGAGACAGAGGUGGUGGAGAUUGAAGCCAAGCUUGAUAAGCUGGUAAAGCUGUGUGGUGGUAUGAUUGAAGCUGGCAAAGCUUAUGUCACUGCCAACAAACUGUUCAUCAACGGUAUCCGGGAUCUGUCUCAGCAGUGCAAGAAAGACGAGAUGAUAUCGGAAUGCCUGGAAAAGUGUGGCGAGAGUUUACAAGAGAUUGUCAACUAUCACAUGAUUCUGUUUGAUCAAGCUCAGAGAUCUGUAAAGCAGCAGUUGCACAGCUUUGUGAAGGAAGAUGUGCGGAAAUUUAAGGACACCAAGAAGCAGUUUGACAAGGUGAGGGAGGAUCUUGAGAUCGCACAGGUGAAGAAUGCCCAGGCACCGCGAAACAAAGCCCACGAGGUGGAGGAGGCCACCUGCACCCUUAACUUCACACGCAAAUGUUUCCGACAUCUCGCCCUGGACUAUGUUCUGCAGAUCAACGUCCUUCAGGCUAAAAAAAAAUUUGAGAUCUUAGAUGCUAUGUUGUCUUUCAUGCACGCGCAGUACUCGCUCUAUCAGCAGGGCUAUAACCUCCUGGAUGAGAUCGACCCCUACAUGAAGAAACUGGCUGCUGAGCUGGAUCAACUGGUGAUUGACUCAGCGAUGGAGAAGCGAGAAAUGGAGCAUAAACACUCCACGAUUCAGCAGCGGACUCUUUUACAGGAUUUUGCGUAUGACGACCCCAAGCUGGAGUUCAAUGUUGAUGCGCCAAACGGACUGGUGAUGGAGGGCUACUUGUUCAAAAGGGCCAGCAACGCCUUUAAAACAUGGAACAGACGGUGGUUCUCCAUCCAAAACAGCCAGCUGGUUUAUCAGAAGAAACUAAAGGAUUCACUGACUGUUGUCGUGGAAGACCUGAGACUGUGUUCUGUCAAACCCUGCGAGGACAUCGAGAGGAGGUUUUGUUUUGAAGUGGUGUCGCCCAACAAGAGCUGUAUGCUACAGGCAGAGUCAGAGAAACUUCGACAGGCCUGGAUCCAGGCGGUCCAGGCCAGCAUUGCCUCGGCCUACAGGGAGAGUCCAGACAAUUUUUAUAUUGAGCAUUUGGACCGGACCGCUUCUCCCUCCAUCAGCAGUAUAGAUUCAGCGAAUGAGCCAAGAGAGCGCAGUGGGCGGGGCGAUAGCAUUCUGCAGCGCAUUCUCUGUCUGCCUGGAAACCAACAGUGCUGUGACUGCAGUCAGGCCGACCCCCGCUGGGCCAGCAUCAACCUGGGCGUCCUGCUCUGCAUCGAGUGCUCUGGGAUUCACAGGAGUUUGGGAGUGCACUGCUCAAAAGUCCGUUCUCUCACCCUGGACUCAUGGGAACCAGAAUUACUAAAGCUCAUGUGUGAACUAGGAAACAGUAUCAUCAAUCACAUCUACGAAGGCAGCUGUGAAGAGCAGGGUCUGAAGAAACCAGGACCCAGCAGCUCCAGGCAAGAAAAAGAGGCCUGGAUCAAAGCGAAGUACGUGGAGAAGAAGUUCUUAAAGAAAAUGAUGACUGGUGAAGUUUUGGUUCACGGUGGGAGGAAAUCAGAGCGCAGAUGGAACUCCAGGAAAUGCAGGAGACACAACAGCGCUACCACGGUUCCUAAAAUGCAGAGGAAAUACAGAGCAGAGCCAGGAAGUGCUUCUCCUGCCACACUCUCCUCAGCUGCUGCUCUGGAGAGGAAGUUCCGGCGAGAAUCUCUCUUCUGCCCAGAUGAGCUGGACUCACUUUUCUCAUAUUUUGACACGGGUUCAGGACCUCGCAGUCUGAGCAGUGACAGUGGGUUGGGUGGUAGUACUGACGGCAGCACUGACGUGUUGGUGUUUGAGACUGUCGUGGACAGCGUCACAGAAGAGGAGUGUGAGGUUUCUGAAGACUCGAGCAAUGAAGUUGAAGUGGAGCCGGAGGCGUCAGAUCUGGAGGAUUCCAGAGAUCUGGAUCCCAGAGCGCUGCUUUGCAAGGCCUGCCAGGCCCGGAAUCUGCCGGUCAUGGCUGAAGCCCUGGCGCACGGGGCUGACGUCAACUCAGUGAAUGAGGAGGAUGAGGGGAAAAGCCCGCUCAUUCAGGCUGUGAUUGGCGGAUCUUUGAUAGCCUGUGAGUUCCUGCUUCAAAAUAGUGCAGACGUCAACCAAAGAGAUGUCAGAGGGAGGGGCCCGCUGCAUCACGCUACAUAUUUAGGUCACACUGGUCAAGUGUGUUUGUUCCUGAAACGAGGAGCGACACAGAAUGAUGGUGAUGAGGAUGGGCAGGACCCUCUGAGCAUAGCCGUGCAAGCCGCUAACGCUGACAUAGUUACGCUGUUGCGUCUGGCACGGAUGAAUGAGGAGAUGCGGGAGUCGGAGGGUCCGUUCGGUCAGCCAGGGGACACCACGUACCUGGAUAUUUUCCGUGAAUUUUCUCAUAUGGCCUCGCACAAUCCUGAGAAGCUGAAACGGAGGAGUGUUCACUUCCGUCAUUCCUUCAGAGUUUGACUAAACAACUUUAAGCAAGCUGGAGCUGAAAACACUUUGACUUGCUGAUUUCAUAAACGGGAUAGAAAUGUUGUGUGAAGAAUUUUAUACUGUAUGGUUUUGUAUUGAAUGUAUGUAAUGAUUUUAAUGCUGUUUUAUAUUUGUCAGCGGGACUAACCCCCAGUUUUGUUUUCUUUUCUUUAUGAAUUCUCCUUUUUUUAGUUUAGCCAAAAUCAGUAACAAGCACUUAUGAAACAUUAAACUGUCUCAUUUGAAAACGUAUAUGAUUUAUGUAUGGAUUAUGUAUGGCUACAGGACAUGAAUCUUAGUCCAUUUUACAUUUUAUCUUAUACUAUUACAAACAAUCAUAUCAUGUCUUUUAUUACAGAAAUAUAUCCAGCUUUGAAUAUUUUAAUAGGAAAGGGUUUCCAAAGUUCUUUUUGGAGGGUUCCAUCAUGUACUUUUCUCUGUUGACUAUGCUGGCAUAGUCUAUAUUUACCUUGUUCUUAUAAUCUGUACAAAAACAUAUCAUUGCACAUUCAAAUGCAAAUAAUGUACAUUGUCUUUUUAGGUGCAAAUUGAUAAUAUAUCUUAAAAUAAUGGUAUUUUGUAACAAUGUAAAAUAUCUUGAACUGUUUGAUGUGUGAAAUAAAGUAUCUUCUGUGUA